ACCACUCUGGCACACACUCUAGCUGCGAGGGCUCAAAUCUGCUGGCUCCCGCCAGGCGCUCCUGACAAAGACAAGGAGAGGAGUACUGACAGGCUCCGGCGCCUCAACUCGACCACAAGCUCAGGGAGCCAGCGACCAGACAGAUCGCACAGAAGGUUCCCGAAGGCGCACACUCGGGGCCCAGCCGGCUGAGGAGCCGCAUCGCGCAUGCGCCUGGGUCGGCUUGCCGCACAGGAGUGAGCCCCAGGUGGGCGCGUUGCGUGUCACGUGCACGUCAGGAGCGAUGCGAAGCCGUUGGUGACCUUUCCUAAGUCCGAGAUGUCAGAAGAGACAGAUAACGUUGCAGUCGAAGAAGUUAUAGAUGAGCAUCUGCAGAAAGCUUUAGCUACAGAAGAAAAUCAGAACAUAAUAGAAACAUUGAGAGGCAAAGUAAGAGAAAAGCUGAAAAAUGCUAAGGUUAAUCAAGGUGAAAAGUCUUCAACUGGGCUGCUCAUUGAUACUAAGAUACAUCAGUGGUCUAAGGCUGAAGUCUCAGUGGAUGAAGGUCUUUCGUUUUUCCUUUUAAAUGGUGAAGAAAGCUCAGACAGCCAAGCUUUGGAGCAGCCUUUGGAGCAGAGAUCGAUAAAUGAAAAUUGCCAAAAACACAUUUCACCUGGUAAUAAUUUACAAAAUUUUGCUGAGAGCCAAGAUGAAAAUUUCAUGGAAGAAGUCAUUUAUCCAGACUUACUUGAAAUAAAAGCUGCUGAAUAUGAAGAUGAUCAAGAACACACGAAAAAGCAGGCAAACAUUUUUAUGCCAAGUAGUUCUCCAGUGGCCAACCAGUGUAAACUGCCAAAAGACAAGAUGCCACGAAUUUUAGAAGAUGAAGGAUUCUAUGUUCAGAGAAAACCAAAAAUAUAUAUAAAGACCUGCAACAAAAUGGAAAAUCGUCUGCUUAAACUAGAAGAGGGCAAGUGUUGGUUUGAAGAAAGUGGAGAAAUAAUGUCAUUACCUUCACCAAUUAGACAGUCAUGGAAUUUCAGACUGAACAUAAGAAAGGAAUCUUUAAAUCCAGCACUAAAGACCAUAUACAGGAAGGCAGUAAAAUAUGACCUAGAAAGCUCUAUUAGGAACAAAAUGGAAGGUCAAAGGGAAAUGUACCAGUUAGAUCUCAACAUUGUGGGUUUGCAGUUCAGCCAUCAUCCACUCUUCAAUCAAGAACAAGUAUUAUGUGCUAGGCUGCUCCAACUUUAUGAGUGUUUUCAGAACAGGCAGCAACAGAAUUUACCUCACCUACUUUAUGAGAAGCUGAAAGCACUGACAGAUGCUACCAAACUAGCAAAUGAACAUUCAGGUAUAAAUCAGCUGACCAGAAAAUCUUUACAAGAUUAUUAUUGGCAGAUAAGUAAUACAAAACAGCUGUAUGACUUAGAAAGGGAAAAGGACCUCUCACUACUGCAUAGUAUGUUACGGACUUGGAAACAGAUGAAAUCCCUUCGAAAACGGCAAGGGUUUACAAGCACCCCAAUAAAGUUACAGUUUCAGAGGAUUAAAAUGAAUAAGUAUGAUGAACAAAAGCAAGAAGAACUGUCAGAAAUGUCUGAGACUGAGAGGAAAACUGAAGGCAAAGGAUACAAGAAUGGGGAAAAAGAGGAGAGCCUCUCAUAUUUAGCUUCAGAACUUGAAGAAACAGAAAUUCAAGGGAUAAAGCCAGUUACCUUGAUGCCGCAACUUUCUUUCACUGCAGAAUUAACAAACUUAUACAAAUGUUUACCGCAUGAACAAAAGAGGAGAGCCAAAAUUCAGAAGCUUAAAUAUUUUAUUAAAAUAUUUUACAAUGAUAAACAGGUUUCCUGUACUUCCGUAUCUCCCCUACAGCUUGAUUUUAAAGUCAUGUUUCAGCAAAUUUUCAAUAUUCAACUAAUCUACUGGCCUGAAACAAUUUGCCUGGAGGUUUACGAAAUAAGUAAAAGGACAACCUUAUUGGCAAAACUCUAUUUACCUUUACCCAGCAACGCAGAGCUGAAAAGCAAAACUGUUUUGGAGUAUGUAGAAUUUAGCUGUGAUAAGCUGGUCAUACCUGCAUAUGGAGAAGUAGGAAGCAAUGUGCCCUUUCUUCUUGAGGGAAAUGGAACUGAAGAACUUUGUCUGCUGACAUCAGGAAAACUAAGCUAUUCUCUGUCGUGGGCCUUAGAUGAAAAUGGUGUUCCUCUGACACCUAUGUCACAGUCAUUAAGAUCUGCCUACUGCAGUGUCUUAAGAAAUGUAGAUGCUAGAGGUGUUCCUGGAAUUCCAUGGCUCAUUAAUACACAGAAGCUUUUUGAAUGGGCAAAUGAAGUCAGAAUUGAUCCAAAUAAUCCAGAAUAUUCGGAUUUAAUGGAGUUUAUUAUGUACAUGAAACAUAAGGGCCAAGACAUUCCAAAGUAUUUCCGUCUUGAACAGUUGCAAGAUGAAUUUAAUUUUGUUUCUGAGGAGGAAAUGAAAAAGAGUAAACGUUUCCAGCUAUUGCAACUUAGAAAUGCCGGUCAAUUAGAUGUUUUCCUUCUUCAGCACAUGCCCCUUUAUGAUCGAGAGAUUCCAGAUUUAGUCUUCCAGGAAUAUGAAAGUCAGAUAGAGAAGGAUGUAUCCAUUUCAGAUGUGAAUUCUAUUACUGCACAAAGGAUUCAUUCUGCCAAUUUUCUGAAAAAGAUGAGAAGGUUGAUAAUGAAAAGAAUUGUCAAAGUCAGCAGAUUUAACUUAUCAGAUAUUGUGACUGAUUAUGAAGAAAUUAUGUCUGCAAGCCAGUUGACACAUGCAAUUUGUAAACUUGUUGAACGACGAAGAAAGUUAAAGCCUCGAAGGAAAGAAAGGAAAAAGCUUGCAGCACAGACUGUCUCUCAUGGAGACAUUAAGAUUCUUGUCAGAAUACUGAGGGCUUAUAAUAUUCCUACCAGAAAAACAACAGUCAAUAGAGCUUUGGAUAUGCCUACUUAUUGGAUGUCAUCCAUAUCUCAUCUCAGACAUAAAGAAACAAUCAAAUCAGUAGCUUCAGGAGAGCUUUUAAAUGAGAUAAGUAUUUAACACUUUUAUAAAGAUACUGUACACCCUUUUGUGGAAGUUUCUUUUCAACACACUGUAUACCAAACCAAUACAUCAUGUGGAUCUCACCCAUGCUGGAAUGAAGAAAUUGGAGUAGACUUUGUCUCACCAGGGCAUGAUUACAGCUUCUCAAGCUUAUCUAAAAUAAAAGAUAAUAUAUAUAUCAACAUUUUUGAUGAAAUGAUGAUUGAAAACCAUGAGGAUCACUGUCUCAAGAGCUGCAGUGGCCACACAUAUGUGAGAAAGAAUUGGCUUGGGUCCGUUGUCUUCCCUUUCUCUGCUCUUCUGCAACAAUCUGAGAUUAAUGGAACAUUUCAAGUAAAUAUUCCACCAAUUUUGCUGGGGUAUACUUGGAGUAAGACUUAUGUGUCCCCUAAAGAGGAUUACAAUGGGCAAAAUUUGAAAGAAUGUACCUUUUUAAAUAUUUUUGCUACCAUCGAACCUCAAAUAGCAUAUAUCACCUCUAAUCCAGAACCAGAUAAGUUUUCAGAUCAAAUAGAUGUUCUGCAGAGAGCACAGAUUUUUAAAAAAAAUUGUAAGGCAGUGUUUCCCAACCGAAGAAUCACAACUACUGUUUUUAAUAGUGAAGGGAUACAGAUCUUAGUGACAAGAUAUAUCAAGGCCUUAAAUCCACCUCGACAACUUCUGGAUAUAUUUCUUCAUGAUUCUAAUGCAACACUUGACCUCAUUGCUCGAUUUGUAUCUUUGAUUCCUUUUAUGCCUGAUACACUGGAUGAAAAUGAUGGUUCUGAUAUAUGGAUGACCUCAGAGAGGUGCAUCAGUUUGGCUAUUGGAAAUAAGGAGGAACAUGCCAUACUUCUCUGUAAUUUCUUUUUGUAUUUUGGAAAGAAAGCCUUGGUCCUCCUGGGAACCUCAAUGUUGGAAGGACAUGUGGCUUAUGUGUUAACUCAGGAAACUGAUGAAUAUUUGCUUUGGAAUCCACUGACUGGGCAAUGUCAUAAGCAGUUUGACCCAUUUUGUCCCUUACAAAGUGUAGACUGUUUGUUUGAUGAUGGAAAUGUAUGGUUUAAUAUUCAACAAAAUAAUACACCAAUGGCUGUACAUUUUGACUAUUCAAAGGAAAGUUUCUGGAAACAGUUGUUUCCAAAAAAUUUUCAAGGAAUAAAAGCACAAAGCAUACAGCCUAAAGAGAUCAUUUAUUCAGAUACCAAUAAAAGCAUGGUAGAAGACAUAAAGAACAGGAUUGAAAGGACUUUAAAAUGUAAAAUGAUGGAAUGGCGACCUAAACAGCCAACACGUUGGAAUCGACAAUGCACUUCUAUUUUGCGACAAAUGCUUCCUAAGCUGGAACUUGGAACAGGAACCUUUGUUUCAUCUGAAGAAGAGAGUGAAUUUGAAAGACUGCUACAAUUUUAUUGGGUUGCAGGAUUUCCCAUCCAGAUGCCAUACAUUGAUGUCCAGUCAGUUAUUGAUGCUGUUUAUCAAACUGGAAUUCAUUCUUCUGAAUUUCCCCGGACAGAAUUUGCUCUAGCUGUAUACAUUCACCCAUACCCAAACAACAUAUUAUCUGUAUGGGUCUAUUUGGCUUCCUUAGCCCGACACCAGUGAAGAAAGAAGGGAAAAGAAAAGGAUUGUACUUUGGGUUUUUUUGGGUCCCCAGACCAGAAACAGCCAAUACUUUGCUGGUACUUUGGAAUUUUGCUGCUUAUCCUCCAGUCCAGCCAAGGGCUGAGCCCAGUUGUCAGUCCACUUAUACAGCUGUGCACCAUGGAGACUCACCCUGAUCUUUGAGGAUGAGUCUAGUUGACCUCCUCACUGAAGACAUGCUCAAGAAGAACCUUAGGGUCCCUGUCUACAGUACAUCUUAUUCUUGAAAAGAAGCAGUUCUGGCCUCUCCCCCUAAGAUGAGUGUUUCUCAGAUUGUGGGCCUCACACUGCCCCCAUCAGAAUCACCUGGACAGCCUCACUGAAAACGCAGAUGCCACUCACGACAUACUGAAUCAUAAUCACUGAGCUGGAGCUCCAGAACCUGCAUUAUUUUCAGUAAGCCCAUCAGUUAAUUCUGACGAGCUGUUAAGAUUCUUGCCUUAUAGAAUAUGUCAUUAUUAAAUUGAGGCUGGUGCAUUUGAUGCUGGUUCUGAUGCAGUGCCAGGUAGAAGAUACUCACGUGGAAACCAAAGGUCACUGCCUCUCAUAAGAUAAAAUGUUAUUUCAUGGGGAGAGAAAAAAGAAAAAUCUACCAUGUUGGGCUGAGGGCUGGGGUGGGCUUUUGGGGACUUUGCAAAAGUUUGUACUUAGGUUGCUAUUGACAUAAAGUCCUUAAAGCUGCUGCAAGUAUUUGAAACAGACCUGAACCAGGAAACUAUUGAAUCUAGUCUGCUCUCUUGAUUCUUUGAGGAAGGGUGGAAAUGGUCUCACCAAACCUCAUGGCUCCUUCUUUCCGUAGUGAGCAGCUUCCCACUCUGCCUCUGGCACUUUCGUUUCACAAUGGUAGACCCAGUGAGGCCCAUUUAGAUCCUGGAAAUCCCUCAAGAAAGGUGGAAAGGGAUCUAAGUAGGAACACUGUACUUUCUUGUAUUUGACUGUUCAGGGCUUCAUUGUGAAAAGUAUUUAUACAUUUAUUUAAAUAUUACAUAACACACAAUUUACAAAGUAAUAAAGGGAUAAGUAUUUUCAAAAGUUGACCAGAGCGGUUUUAUAUGAGGUGAAGGAAAGGGAAAGAAAGACCUCCUCUCCCAUCGCAGGAGUCCUAGGGCUCCUUGGGUCACUCCCACAGCAAGAGGAGAAAAGAGGAAUUCCCCAGUCUUUAUCCCCCCACAGAAUGCCCCCUGCAUGGACUGGCUCUCAUUUAUUUGCAACAAUGGUACUCUCAGACCAGCUUGAGAUUACUUUAUAAUGAGUAGAGAUUUAUGGGGAGUAUUUGGGCUUCUUUCCGUACAGAAGACUUUACAACAUGUGUGUUGCAAGAUCAAGGAAACUAAAAUGUUAAAGUCAAAAGCAAUCUCAGUCAUCAUCUAGUUCGUUUUAUAGAUAAUGAACCUGAGUCCCAGAGGAGGGAAAUGACUUGCCAAAAGCCACUCCAUUAAGAAGCAACAAAGCAAGAACCAAGAACCAAAGCCUCAGUCUUCUGGCUCCCAGGCCAUUGCGUCCAGUGGAAUAUGAUGCAGCCAUUGAAAGGAAUCCUGGAUGUUAUAGAAUGAUCACCGGAAUGCAUUGUAUGACAAAAUUAGGUGCAGAAUAGAGCAUGUAAGGUGCUAUCAUCUGUGCACAAAACGGUGCAAGGGUUAUGUACAUGGAUAGUUAUAUAUACCUAGAUAUCUCUGGAAGGGAUAGUAAGAGCGUUGCUCUGUAAACAACUGAGGGGUGGGGAAGUCUUGCUAGUUACUGUAUUCAGUCUUGUAUGAAUAUUUUACCUUUGCAUGCAUUCAUUUAAAAAAAAUAAAUAUUAAAAUCAGUAGCUUUCCAUUGCCUAAAGCUCAGUGAGCUACAAAAGCUCUCCAAAGAAUCUGGUCCUAGCCUCAACUCUUGCCAAACCCACCUGUGCCUUAUGCUGCAGGCAUACUGGACUCUGCAA